UCAUACAAUAAAAAUUCUUACAAAAUCAAAAUUUGAGUUCUAUUCAUUUCCUUCACUCUCUAGCUUUUUUCUUUCAUUGUUCUAUUUCUUGCGUCCCUUUUUAUUUUUAGCGUAGUUUCUUUUUUUCUUCAUGUUCACAAGUGCAUAUGGCUUCCUUAAUCAACAAGUUACCAUCUUGAAAUUGAAGUCUCUCUCUCUCUCUCUCUCUCUCUCUCUCUCUCUCUCUCUCCCCCACAAACACCAUGGCUAUACCAAGUUCUUGGUCCAAAUAUACUUUGUUCAUGAACACCUCUUUCCUUUUGGUGAUUUCUAUUUUCAUGAUUGUUGACUUUAACACACCAAAAGAUGUUGUUAUGGUUGUGAUGAACAACAAAAACUACUCUACCUUUGAUGAUGGAAGUGAUGAACAAGGUUGCAAUAGAUUAGACAACCUAGAUAACUACAAAGCCAAAUGUUUGUACCUUAAAUCCAACAAUUCAUGUGUCUCUCAAGGCUACAUUGAUUACCUUUACAUUUUCUAUUGCAAAUUUGGAAAAUUCCCUUUAUUAGGUUAUACCUUUUUGUUUCUUUGUCUCUUAAUUUUGUUUUAUUUGUUGGCAAAUACAACUUCCUAUUAUUUUUGUCCUUCACUUGAAAAAUUGUCUAAAUUGUUGAAUUUGUCACCAACAAUUUCUGGUGUCACUCUUCUUUCUCUUGGCAAUGGUGCUUGUGAUGUUUUCUCUAGUCUUGUCUCUUUUCAAGAAAGUGGGACCCGCAAUAUUGGUUUGAACACAGUCAUUGGAGGUGUUUCUUUUGUGUCAUGUGUUGUUGUUGGGAUAGUUAGUAUUUCAAUUCAUCAAAGAAGUGUUCAUGUUAUAAAGUAUGCUUUUGUAAGAGAUGUUUGUUUUCUACUUUUUGUUCUUCUUUCCUUGCUUUGUGUUUUGAUCAUUGGUGAGAUCAACUUUUUUGGAGCAAUAGGUUUUUGUUUUAUGUAUGUUGUUUAUGUAAUUUUUGUUUAUGUCUCUUCUACCAAAUGGAAAGAUGAUGAAAAGGGUGAUUAUAGUGUUUCAAGUUAUGGAAAUGAAUUGAAUUUGAAUUUGCCUCUUGUGAGUGGUGUGAAGAAUGAGUCCAUUGAUUGUGUUGAAAAUGGUAUUCAAGAAUGUGAUUUGAAUAUAGAAAAAAAAUGUUGCUUCAUGAGAUCUUCAAUAUGUAGAAUUUCACUUUGUGUUCUUGAAAUGCCACUUUACUUGCCAAGGAGAUUAACAAUUCCUAUUAUUUGUGAAGAGAAAUGGUCAAAACUAUAUGCAAUUUCUUCAAUGAUAUUAGCACCAAUUCUCUUAUCUUUCCUAUGGAACACUCAUAAGGGAUAUAGUAUUUCAAGCACAAACCUUAUUGUUUAUGGAAUUGGAUUUUUAAUUGGGAUUAUUUUUGGUGUAAUAGCAUUUUUCACAACAGAAAUGUUAGUGCCACCUAAAAGGUAUUUAUUUCCUUGGCUUGUAGGAGGGUUUAUAAUGAGUGUGACAUGGAGUUACAUUAUAGCUGAAGAGUUGGUUGGUUUGUUGGUUUCAAUUGGUUUCAUUUGUAGAAUUAGUCCUUCAAUUUUAGGGUUAACGGUUCUAGCUUGGGGUAACUCAAUUGGUGAUUUGAUGACAAAUUUAACAAUGGCUUUAUAUGGUGGACAAGAAGGGGUUCAAAUAGCAAUUUCAGGUUGCUAUGCCGGUCCUAUCUUUAAUACUCUUGUUGGAUUAGGAUUUUCUCUUGUAAGUUCUACUUGGUUAGAAUAUCCACAACCUAUUGUGAUUCCUAAAGAUCCAUAUCUUUGGGAGACAUUGGUGUUUUUGGUGUUUGGAUUGGUUUUUGCACUUUUGGUUUUGUUAAAAAAAGAUAUGAAACUUGAUGGAGUAUUAGGCGGAGGACUUUUAGUUGUUUACUUCAUUUCUCUGUUUUUGAGGUUGAUUCAAACACAAGGGUCUCUCCAAUUUUAUGAUAUGUUGUAAGGUUUAGCCUAUGUUUGGUAUCACGACGAGUAUGUUAGAAUUACGGUGAUCUAUCGUGAUUUUUUCAAAAACUAUACUUUGUAGCUUAUGUAAAAUUACAAUAGAUCGUCGUGAUUCUGGCAUACCCACCGUGAUACCAAACACACACUUAGAUUCUUAGUAGUUAUAAGAUAUAACAUAUUUUAAAUUUGUCAUUACUAUUAGCAAAAGGCAUUUUUUUUCUUUGGAACUAGAUUUGUAACAAAGAUAGAUAGGUGUAACUUUGCUAGUUGUAUAUUUUCAAUUGCUCUUUUGUACCUAGCUUUCAUGUACAUUUAUACCAUACCACUGAAUUAUGAUUGUAAAAUUGGUUUGAA